AUGGCAUCUACAUCUUUCUCUGACGAGGAUUUCUCCUGUCCUGUGUGCUGUGACACCCUCAAGGACCCUGUCAUCCUCUCCUGUACUCACAGUGUGUGUAAGGCCUGUCUGCAGCAGUUCUGGGACACCAAAGGAUCCAGAGAAUGUCCAAUUUGCAGGAGGAAAUCAUCAAAGAUGAACCCUCCUCUUAACCUGCACUUAAGGAACCUGUGUGAGACACUCUUACAGGAGAGGAGUCAGAGAACUGCAGCAGGGUCUGAGGUGCUCUGCAGUCUGCACAGUGAGAAACUCAAGCUCUUCUGUCUGGAGGAUAAGCAGCCCGUGUGUCUAGUGUGCAGAGACUCAAAGCUACACAGAAAUCACUCCUUUAGUCCCAUCGAUGAAGCUGCACUUGACAAUAAGGGGAAUCUCAAGAUCAAACUUGAGCGCCUGAAAAAGAAAUUGAAGACAUUUGAAGAAGUUAAAAUCACCUGUGAUCAAACAGCUACACACAUAAAAACUCAGAUUCUCAACACAGAGAAGCAGAUCAAGCUGGAGUUUGAGAAACUUCACCAGUUUCUACGAGAUGAAGAGGCAGCCAGGAUAGCUGCACUGAGGGAGGAAGAGGAGCAGAAGAGUCAGAUAAUGAAGGAGAAGAUUGAGAAUAUGAACAGAGAGAUCUCAUCUCUAUCAGACACAAUCAAAGCCAUAGAGGAGGAGAUGAACACUGAUAAUGUCACAUUCCUGCAGACUAUUACUCUCAAUGGUUAUUCCAGAGCCCAGUGCACACUGCAGGAUCCAGAGAGGCUUUCAGGAGCUCUGAUCAAUGUGGCAAAGCACCUGGGCAACCUGAAGUUCAGAGUCUGGGAGAAGAUGCAGGAGAUUGUUCAAUACACUCCCGUCACUCUGGAUCCUAAUACAGCAAACCCAUGGUUCAUCCUGUCUGAGGAUCUGACCAGUGUGAGACGUGGUGAUGAGAGACAGCAGCUUCCUGAUAAUCCAGAGAGAUUUGAUCACUAUCACAGUGUGCUGGGCUCUGAGGGCUUUAACUCAGGGACACGCUGCUGGGAUGUGGAGGUUGGGGAGAACACAUGGAAUGUGGGUGUGAUGACAGAGUCCGCCCAGAGGAAAGGGAUGUAUGAUGAUGUGAGUGGAGAGUCAUAUGUGUAUUAUAAAGAUGAUAAAUAUGGAGCACGUGCCCCACCACAGCCUGACACUCUCCUCACAGUGAAGCAGAAACUCCAGAGGAUCAGAGUGCAGCUGGACUGGGACAGAGGAAAGUUGUCCUUCUCUGACCCUGAUAGUAACACACACCUACACACUAUUAUACACACUUUUACUGAGAAAGUGUUUCCCUAUUUUAACACUGGGGUGUUUCCUUUGAGAAUAUUGCCAGUGAAGGCCUCAGUAAGAGUAACAGAGAUGUAAAAAAAUAUUCUAGUAGAGCAGCACAGUUUGUGUAGUCUAUCCAUACAAGAACAUCAAAGUAUUGAACCAAACCAGGACUGAGCCAAAGCUGUCUCCACAUACUGUAACAAAAAAAUUGUGU